UAAAAAGUGGACAAGAAGACGAAGAGUCAAGAGAGCGAGACUUUAAACAGGAGACGCAGAAGUGCUGAGAGGAGAGGAGGAGGAGGAGGAAGAGAGGAGGAGAGGAGGAGGAGAGGAGGAGCAGCUGUCGUUAUGGAGGAAGACAUCAGGAAACAAGGGAUGCUUUUCAUCCAGCAGCAGCGGUUUGGAAAGAAGUGGAAGCGAGUGUGGUGUGUCCUGUACAGAGAAAGCACCUGCUCCAUUUCCAGACUGGAGUACUUUGAGUGUAAAGACGGAGGAACGUUGGAGAAGAACGACAAAAAUCUGCGUAAACAGCAGGAGCACAAGAAGGUGAUCCGUCUGGCCGACUGUAUCCGGGUGUCGGAGGUGGAGAUGGACGGCUGUCCCAGAGACACCGGACCCUUCCUGGUCGAGACCACCGAGAAGAUCUACGUGUUCGCCGUCGAACGCCAACAGCUGGACGACUGGACACACAAACUGUGUGAGAUCGCCUUUCCUAUGAACUGGGUGGAGCACAGCACAGCGAAGCGAGGCAGCCUGCACAGAGGAAACCGAGUUGAUGAAGACGAAGGCAUGGAGGACAACUCCCUGUACAGCGGCAGAGAGACAGUGCGGGACUUCAGAGUGUGUGUGCGGAGGACGGAGGCGUCGGACCGCUGCAGGUUAAAGGGAGACGUCGUCCUGCGAUCUGGGACGGACGCUCUGCUGCUGCUGGACAAGACGGGAGACGUCCUGUUUACCUGGCCGUAUAGAUACCUGAGACGCUUCGGACGGGACAAGUCCACCUUCUCCUUCGAGGCCGGCCGCAGGUGCGACUCCGGCGAGGGGAGUUUCGAGUUCGACACCAAACAGGGGAACUUCCUGUUCCAAGCCGUGGAGGCGGCCAUCAACCUGCAGCGGAUCUCCGUCCCCCACAGACAGACGUCAGGGGGGGGGGCAUCGGUCCAGAUUCCAGACAGCCCCCACAGCCUGAGCCUGCCCUGCACGCUGCCCUCCAGCCAGAGCAGGACGCCACCGCUGCCUCAGGUCCGCACCCACAUCUCUCAGUCCUCUGCAGCUAAGGGCGACUGUGUGUACAGCAUGGUGAGCGACGGGCCUCAUUUUCAGGCGAGUCAUCACAAAGACAAAGAGAGCGCGGCCUCGCAGCAGCAGCAGCGCCCCCCGCUGUCUCGUCUCGAGCCGCCGAUCGACAAGACUCUGACCGGAGUGAAGAGUUUGACUCUGGAGACUCGCGGUCUGCCCAUCCCCCGUAAGAACCAGGUGAAGAUGAUCUCCAGCUGCCCGCUGCCGCACGCCGGCCCCGAGCCGGGCACCACGCCGGCCCCUGGCUCCAGCAAUGCCCCCCACCCCCGCCUCAGCCCCAACCUCAGCUCCAGCCCAGAUGAAGCGUACUCUAAGAUCAACCUGGCGACCACACAGCGGAGCACCAAGCGAGGGAAGCGAGGCGGCGACAUGGCGGCGCCCUGCACCCCCCCUGUGAUGCCCCCGGAGCCGGAGUACUCGCUCCCCUUCGACACCAUCGCCAAGAACGUCAUGGCCGAUAUCAUGAACUGCCAUCAGGCUCACAGCGGCGAGCAGGGCGCCGACCCACUGUACGACAGCAUCGACGAGAUGAAGAUCAGGAACAUCUUCACGAGCGCCGCCCCCGCCGCCGGGCCACUGUACGGGAAGCUGGAGCACAUCUACGACGAGCCUGAAGGCUGUGCCGCCGCCGCCGCCGCUCAGGCUUCCUCCACUCCUCCCUCCGUGUACGACGACCCAGAGGAGAUGAGAAGAGACGCCUGGAUGGUUAUGGGGACGUCAGCUGAUCCUAAAGGUCACGAGUAUCCGUACAACCCCCGAGUGGACGACUACGCUGUCCCCAAACGACCCCAGAGGGCGUUUCUUUCCGCACAGAGCACCAACGAAGAAGAAGAAGAAGAAGAAGAAGAAGAAGAAGAAGGAGAAGAAGGAGAAGAAGAAGAAGAAAGAGAAGGAGGAGAAGAAGAGGACAGGGGGGAGGAGGAGCAGCGGCGACAUUCACCGUACAACAACGUGAUGGUGAAAAUGUCGUAGAGCGAGAAAAACUACAGAUUCAUUAUCAAUGAUUCAUCAAUAAUCACUGAUCAUAUUUACUAUUAUCAGUUCAUCUGUUGAUUAUUUUCUCCAUGAAUCAAUUCAUUGUUUGGUCCAUAAAAUGUCAGAAUGUAGAAUUUUAUUAUAUUAUAUUAUCAACAUAUUUGGAGAUUAAUAUUAUUAUAUUUGAUCGAUUGGUCGAUUGAUUGAUUGGUCGAUUGAUCGCUGCAGCAUCAGUUAAAAGUUUCAUUUCUCUUCAGAUCGCAGGAAGUCUGGUUUGUUCUCCAUCUUUAGAAGAUUGAUCUUCUCUCGGCUGCUUGUUGUGGUUUUUAAAUAAAGAAUUA